UUCCGGAAAUGUACAUCUGUGCAUCAGGAUGUCACAAGGCGCUAAGUUUUAACCAAAAGUGUUAAAUGAAAUGAAAAAUUAUCUCCGGGAAAGAACCUCAUUCUGAAUAACCUUUAAACACGAGAAGAGGAUUAAAAAGAACUAAGCCGAGUUUUAGCUCUUUGUAAAAUCACAGCGGGAAACUGCCGAGUGGCUUUUGAACGCAAUGGUGUUUGUGUAAGGUUUAGCUAGCAUGCUAAGCUAAGUGCUAGCCCAAGCUAAGUUGAUGUCGGAGCGAUAGAAACUGAAUCCCGGGGACAUGGCAGCGGGAACAGGCGGAUCAUUAGAAGCCAGUUUGGAGAAGAGGUUCAGAGGUCUAACCAACACCAUGGAUUCCAUCCAGGGACUGUCCGCCUGGUGCAUAGACAACAAGAAGUACCACAGCCUCAUUGUGCGCCAGUGGAUGAAGUGUUUGAGGAAAUCGAAUGCCUCCCACAGACUGAACCUGAUGUACCUGGCUAAUGAUGUCAUUCAGAACUGCAAAAGGAAAAACGCCAUUAAUUAUCGUACAGCGUUUGCUGAGGUGCUGCCAGACGCCUUCCAGCUGGUCAAACUUGAGAGUGACUCGAAGAUGAUAAAAUCUGUGGAGAGGAUUCUGUCCAUCUGGGAGGAGAGGGAUGUAUAUUCUGGCACGCUUGUUAAUGAUCUCAGGAAUAUCCUGGUUAAAGAAGAGUCGCCUCCUCAGACACCUGUGGAGCAAAAAACUCCGGUUGUGUCUAAAGCUGAGCUGCAAUCCAAGGUUGUUGCUGAGUUUGUGCCCCAGGCUUUUAUAGACCAACUAAACAAGUACAAGAAAUCCCUGGAGGAGGUUGACCUCAAAGAAAAACAGCUGGCAGCCAUGAGAGUUGACAUCUUCAGCUCUGAUGCUCUCAGGAAACUCAAAGAUAAAGCAGGAGGAAAGAAAUUCUCCAGAGAUUUUGAGGAGGGAAGUUCUCAGCUACAGGAGUUUGUCAAGUUUUUUGAGAAACAAAGCAAAAUUGGUCCUGCACUUCUUGAGGCUCUUGGGAAUGCAGAUAUCUUUUAUGAGAUGCAGUACAAAGAGGUCAAGAUUGUUGCUAAUGCCUACCAAACGUUUGCAAACAGGGUUUCCCACCUCAAGCGUAAAUUGGAUGCCCUGAAGGCCACCUUACCAGAUCUGGAUGAGUCUCCUAUCCCUUCGCCGACUGCAGACGCUCCAUCUCCAACAGGAUCGGAAUCCCCUUUUCACGGCCUGGAGUUGGCGCACCCAGAUCCAGACCUUGAUGGUUCUGCCAUGGAUGAUGACGCAGAACCGCCGGCCCCGAGUCCUCUGUCCUCACCAGGAGCGUCCCCGAAACCCUCAGAGAUCAUCGGGGGGAACGACAACCGUGAGGUGGAGGACAUGGAGCUGUCAGAGGAGGAAAUAGACAGCGGUGGCAUCAUAGUCGAAGAGCAGAAUGAGUCCUUCCCUCAGCCAGCCGUUUCUGCUCCAACCCCUGCAAAGAGUGAGCCAUCUGUAGCAACAGAGCAGAUUACCCAGCCGGUCAGGCCUUCUGCAGCCGUUCCCUUAGCUCCUCCCUCCACCGUCCUUCCAGCCGUUUCCUCAGCCGCCCCUCCACUUGUUCCUUUAGCCGCUCCUGCAGAUAUUUCCAAAAAAAUCCUUUCAACUGUUCCUGCGUCUGCUCCUGUUGCUCCUCUUGCAGCUGUACCUGCAGCCGCCUUGGAAAAUGUUGAUCUGGGUAAAAUUGGCUCCAUCCUCAGCAGCUUCAGCCCAGUCAUAAAAAGCACAGCAACAGCAGUGGAGGAUCGUCCUACAGCUCCUCCAGCGAUACCCAAACCCGCUCCUCCUUUGGUGCCACAGGAUGCCAGUUCACUAGUGAACCUCCUUUCUAAGGUGGAUGUGAGUCCUGCAGACCUGCUCAGUGCCCUGUCCAAAGUUCAGAGCCAUAGCAACUUUAAGGGUACUACCCCCCUCCCGUCUCCAAAUGUAGCCCCACACCCCAUUACUUCAAGCAAGACAACUUCCUCAUCCUUACCAGCAUCAGCAGCACAUUCUCAGAGCACUGCUCUGUCCAUCCCUGCAACUGUACAUUCUGCAGCAAACACUGCUGCACAUCAGAACUCAGAGGCAGCCCCCAAAACCUCCAACAAAGCCUCUGCACUGGUCCAAGCUCUGCACAGAAAUAUGGAUUUGAGUACAGAUCCAGAACCGUCUGUUUCCUCUUCGAGCUUAGACUCUAAAAUUCACAGCUUCCUGCAGGGAAACCCUGCAUUCAGUGGCUUUGAUCAGAGUUUUCCAACAAACCCAUCUAGAGCAGGGGAGAGUUUUAGCCCAGUUACUGGUACAGAAAACCAGGAGGGAACCCCAGUCAGGGACGAGGGAGGAGGCACCCCGACUCAAGAUGAGAUGAUGGAUAAAACGGUGUCAGCUGCGUUGGCUACGAGCAAGAAUCAGUCUUCUGUGGAUGGAGCAGCCAAAACGGCUCCUGUAGCAGUUGAGAAUAACAUGCAGAGGAACCCCAACAAUCCUCAACAUCCAGCUUACCCGCUGCCAGAAUUGGCCCAGAACGGCCAGGUCUUCCAGUCCUUCCCAUUCGGGAAGCAGGAGAUGUUAGAGAGCAGGCUUCCUGCAGCAGCUGAACAUAAUCAACAUGUUGCCAUGCAUCCAGGAGGGCCUGCUUUUGGAGCGGCAGCUCAAAGCCGUUCCAGCAUCUCACAGACAGUCGAAGGAUUUCAGAGGGCAAACAACCAGAGUUGGUUUGGUGAUGAACACCCAGAGAGGGGCCCUCAGCAGCCUAGCGGCUUCAACAUGUUGAUGCCAGGAGUGAGAGAGAAUCGAACAGCAGGACUUUAUCCCUACCAAACUGAGCAAAAUCAGGAGCAUCAGGAGUUUGUUUCCAAACAGGGUCCCUCUGUCAACUCUGCUUUCUUUGGAGGAGCUCUUCCUCCUGUCCCAAAAGUACCGCCCCCUCCUCCUAGCUUUGAUCCCAUGGUGACAUCCCCAGGCGGUGGUCUGGUUAACCGCCCACAGCAGGAACCUGUACCCCACACGGCCGCUGGGGGGUGUAUGGAGAGCAGAGGGGAUAGCUUUUUCAGAGACCAUGACCAUCAGCAUUCAUCCAUGCAUCCAGACGAUCUUUUCCAUGACCCGCAUCCACCUCCCCAACCAGAGGAUAUGCGUUUCCAUGAAGAUCCUGGACAAUCUGAUGGCCAUUUCCUCCACGAUGAUUCAUACUACCCAGCCGACGAGCCGUAUUUCAGUCCUCCUCACCCUUAUCCCAGAGGCCGUGGGCACAUUCCUCCCCCACGCUCACCUUCAAGGGACCCUUAUUUUGCCCAAGAACAUCACAACCGCCCACUUCCACGUCAGUACGGCCCAAGGCGGCCGCCCCCUCCCCAUCAUGAAAUGCGCCACCCUGGUCAGCGGCCCCCUCCGCCUCGGCAACCGCACUUGGCCCGCCAUCCAAAUCCAAGAGGCCCGCCUCGCCAGCCGUUCCCUCGUUUUAAUGGCCCUGACCCGAGGUUUAGAGGCAAGCGGCCGGGGUGGCCAGGGCCGAGAGGAGACGGUCCUAUGUUCCCUCCGAAGAGACCCUUCCCACCCCCACGGUACUGACGUCUCCAUCUUGAGUUCAGGGGGGUGGGCGGGGUAAACGCUAGCUAAUCGAGAGUGUUCAGAUCCACACUCUUUAAAGCUGUGCAGAUCCCUGAUGGCAUCAAAGGACGGUUAAACAGACAGAAGCUAACAAACAGAAGGAAAAACGGAGGAGAAGGAAAAACGGACAAGAUCCCAGGAGGCUCCGAGAAGGCUGCAGAGGAAAGACAGAAGAUUCAAGAAAAUGAGAGGGAUCAAGAGCCACUUUGAUGUGUCUGAUGUGACGGGAGAGAAAAAACUACGCUGUGCCACAUGUUAGCUGAUGGAAGUGAGGAACUUCUUUGAAUCCUGCUCCCGGUGAUGAUGGCUCUUCACGGUCUGUAAUGAACACUGAGCACUGCAGCUGAGCCAGCUCCAUGUUUCUACCCCAUCUGACGCAGCAUUGAGAUUGGAAACAUCCAGACACGUUGGGCAGGGAAGGUGUUGGAGCUGUGGAUUUUAAAAUUAUUUAUUCAUUAUUGAUUUGAGGAGGUUAGGGUUUUCUGUGACUUUAGAUUUUAGAUUUCAAAGCCCAUUUCUCCAUCCUUUUUAAUAGUUGACAGAUUGAGUUUAAGCUGUAUUUGAUCCAAUUAUCAAAAUUACCUUUAUGAUAUUUACAUCAGUCAGAUUGCAUUAUUUGUUAAGAAAAAAAAACUAAUGGAAGAAGUAUUCAAGAUGCUCAAACAUAAAGUUUUGCAAAA